GAGUGAAAUCGCCACAUGCUCUUUGGACCGACCAGUCAGUCUUCCCCCUGUACUCUACACGAAAGGUUUUCAUCCGGGGGGCAGAAGAGGAUCUGUCGUCUGCGGGUGGAUAUCAAACGGAUUUGAUCGGAAUAUCUUUUUUUUUAAACAAGUUGGAGCAUCAAUUUUGUGAUGACCGUUUUUUUUUUAAACCAGUUUGCUAGCUCUCUUAGCUAAAUGACUAGAAUCUGCCUGGUUAUCUCGCCGAUCAGAUGUCAGAUAUAUCCAUAUGACAGUGCCAGCCAGACUAAAUAUACGCCUGUGUCUAGUUAGCUAACUAGCUAGUUGGCCUUUGGGAAAUGUGAGGUUACUUUAGCUGCGUUUCAUGGAUUUUAAAAUCGUAUCAUAAGUAGCGUGCUAACUAGUUGCUUCGAAGUAUUAUUUUUUUGUGGUCGUGAAUGCUAGUUAGUUAGCUAGUUAGUUAUGAGAUAAUGUUAACGUUAGAAGGCUGAAGACGUAGGUAACGUUACUGUAGCCCGGUACAGUAGAGACUCGAUGUCGAACUAAAACGUUUUGUCAAUCAAAAAUAAUAGCUAGCUAGUUGAUAAGAAAGUAGACAGACAACGUUAGCUGUUUUGUUAGCUCAUAAAUAGCUUGUGAUUUUUUCGCACAUUUUUUUUUGCACUGUCUGGGACCCACUGUUUGGACAAUCAAGAUUAGAAACAAUCAUGAAUAUCAACUGUUAAAACUGUAAGACAUUUAUUCAUCCAUCGUAUUUGAUUUGGACAAUGUGGGAUUAAUUCAUUGGAAAAAAAAACCGACAACUUCUUGGAGAAACCGCCCGUCCCAAAUAACCCCAGCAGCCAUGGCAGUCCUGGGCCGAAUAUUGGGGCUGUAUGGCAUCCUGCUCCUCGGUCCGGUCGCUGCUGCCCAGAGCGAGGAGCGUGAGUGUGCCUUCAUCGACCAGCAGCAGCAGUAUGAGGAGCAGCAUGGAGGAGGAGGAGGAAGAGCAGGAGGAGGAGGAGGAGCAGGGGGAGGAGGAGGAGCAGGUGACUGGCCUAUGACCAGGGAGAAUACUACUAUACGCUGCAGUAAGGGCUCUCGAUGCUAUGGCCUGUGGGAGAAGACUAAAGACGGAGACAUACACCUGGUCAAACAGGGUUGCUGGACUCACAUCGGGGACCAGCAGGAGUGCCAUGACAACCGUUGCGUGGUUACGACUACUCCGUCUCAGAUUCAGAAUGGGACGUAUAGGUUCUGCUGCUGCAGUACCAACAUGUGUAACGUCAACUUCACCGAGGACUUCCCCCCACCCAGCCCCACCGCCGCACAGCUAUACCCACGGCCGCUGUACCGUGAGGAGACCAUCGUGAUCGCCCUGGCGUCUGUCUCCAUAGUAGCGGUGCUGAUCGUGGCGCUGUUCUUCGGGUACCGCAUGCUGAGUGGAGACAGGAAACAGGGACUACACAACAUGGACAUGAUGGAGGCAGCAGCCUCAGAACCCAGUCUCGACCUGGACAGCCUUAAACUACUAGAGAUGAUUGGUCGAGGGCGGUAUGGCUCUGUGUAUAAGGGUUCUCUAGACGAGCGUCCCGUGGCGGUCAAGGUGUUCACCUACCAGAACCGCCAGAACUUUGUCAAUGAGCGAGCCAUCUACCGCGUCCCCCUGCUGGAGCACGAUAACAUCGCACGAUUCAUCGUUGGAGACGAGAGACUUACAGCCGACGGACGCAUGGAGUACCUACUGGUCAUGGAGUAUUACCCUCUUGGUUCUCUGUGUCAGUACCUGAGUCUGCAGACAGGAGACUGGGUCAGCUGCUGUCGCCUCACACACUCUGUCACACGGGGUCUGGCCUACCUGCAUACCGAGCUGCUGAGAGGAGACAUCUACAAGCCAGCCAUAUCUCACAGAGACCUGAACAGCAGGAACGUUCUAGUGAAGAACGAUGGGACGUGUGUGAUCAGUGACUUUGGUCUCUCCAUGAAGCUGACGGGGAACCGCCUGGUCAGGCCUGGAGAGGAGGAGAACGCUGCCAUCAGCGAGGUGGGAACAAUCCGCUACAUGGCCCCAGAGGUUCUGGAGGGGGCGGUGAACCUGAGGGACUGUGAGUCGGCUCUGAAGCAGGUGGACAUGUACGCCCUGGGCCUCGUCUACUGGGAGACCUUCAUGAGGUGUACUGACCUCUUCCCAGGAGAGAUGGUACCUGACUACCAGAUGGCGUUCCAGGCGGAGGCAGGGAACCACCCCUCCUUUGAGGACAUGCAGGUCCUGGUCUCCAGAGAGAAAGAGAGACCCAAGUUCCCCGAGGCCUGGAAAGAGAACAGUCUGGCGGUGCGUUCCCUGAAGGAGACGGUGGAGGACUGUUGGGACCAGGAUGCUGAGGCCAGGCUGACCGCUCAGUGUGCAGAGGAGCGCAUGGCUGAACUACUGCUGAUCUGGGACCAGACCAAGUCUGUCAGCCCUACUGUUAACCCCAUGACCACCACACUGCAGAACCAGAGGAACCUGUCCCACAGCCGCAGGGCCCCUAAAGUCAGCCCCUACCCCGACUACUCCUCCUCCUCCUACAUCGAGGACCACGAGGGCCACAUGGUGAAGAACCUCCCCGGGGGGGGGACCUCCGUGUCGGGGACCUCCUCCGUCGGCGUCCUGGGGGGAACCAGCAGUGCCCCCGCAGGCCCAGAGAAGAACCGAAACUCCAUCAACGCCGAGCGUCAGCAGGCGCAGGCCCGUCUGCCCAGCCCGGAGAGCAGCGGAGCCAGCCUCUCCAGCAACACGGGGCUGACACCCAACACCGUCAUGACCACCAUCUCUGAGUCGGGUCAAGGGGAGGACUCAUCCGGCCCACUAGGUGGCGCUGUGCUGGGGCUGGUGGUGCCGGUGUGUCUGCAGCUGACCCAGGAGGACCUAGAGACGACCAAGCUGGACCCUAAAGAGGUCGACAAGAACCUGAAGGAGUCGUCUGAUGAGAACCUAAUGGAGCACAGCCAGAAACAGUUCUCUGCUCCAGACCCCCUCAGCUGUAGGUCUUCCUCCCUGCUCUACCCCCUCAUCAAGCUGGCUGCGGAGGUGACGGGGUCUGGGACCGGGGCCCGGGGAGGGUCUGGGACCGGGGCCAGUGGGAUGGGGGACCCUCCAGCUACUGUGUUCCCCCUGCCCAAACAGCAGAACCUCCCCAAGCGGCCAAGCAGCCUCCCACUCAACACCAAGGACAAGCAGGGGUCUGGUUCCUCCAGGCUGAAGUCUGGGAAACACAGGUCCAACCUGAAGCAGGUAGAGAUGGGCGUGGCCAAGAUGAACACGGUCGCCCCGGCAGCAGAGCCACGCCUUGUUAACGUUACCAACAACGGGCUAACGGCCGUGGGCAACGGGGUGCGGAGCAGCGUAGGCGUUGUGGUCAUCAACGGUUACCUGAACGUGGCCUCUUCAUCUGGAGGCGGGGCUCCUUACGGGACUACCAAUCCAGCGGGCCCUCAUGGGGAGUUGGGCGGAGCAACGCCCCUGUUACAGACUCAGCUCAGUGGAGAGGACAGUAGACUCAACAUCAACAUCAACUCCAGUCCUGAUGAACAUGAACCGCUGCUAAGGAGAGAGCAGCCCGCCCCAUGUGACCAGAGACCAACCAAUCACCUGGCGGGACGCACCAACACCAACAACAACAACAACAACAGCCUGGUGAUGGGUCUGGCUAGAGGGAGCACAUGUCCAUCUGUAGAGGGACAGCCUGAACCCCUUACCGUUGUCCCCACACCUAUACCUGUCUCUGUACCUAGCACAGCCCCUCUCAAUGUCACUGCCCAACUACCAGCCCCAGCCGCAGCCCCAGCCCCAGCCGCAGCCCCAGCCCCAGCCCCAGCCUCAGCCCCAGCGGCCCUCAGACAGCCCAAACCCAGAAGACCUGAGAGGCCCUGCUCCCUGGACCUGUCUGCCUCCUCCUCUUCACACAACAGCUCUUCAGGUGAUGGCUCGUCACUGGACGGCCAGGGAGGGUCAGGUGAGAAGAUCAAGCGUCGUGUCAAGACACCGUACUGCCUGAAGAGGUGGCGUCCCUCCACCUGGGUGGUCUCCACGGAUACGCAGGGCAGAGAGGUAAACAACAACGGAACUGCCGUCUACCUGGUGGGGGGCGGGGCUACCGCCGCUGCCGCCACCAUGACCUGCCUGUGAACCCUGACCCCUAGUGGAGGGUGUGGUAACAGGUGGGCCAACUACACCCAGCUGACUACUAACCUUUAUUCGGGCCGGCUACUUCAAUGACUUUAACAAAUUGGGGUGUAUCAGAUGCCACCAAAUGUGAUUUUGUAGGGCUGAAUGUUUUGCUCUAACCCUCCAUAGCUGGCUACUUUUUUCAUCACGCUGGCUACGUUUGAUUUUUGUGAACACAUUGAGGAGGGUGUGGCCUCCUUAGGCUAUGGAUGUGUCUGUAAUGGCACCCUAUUCAAAAGCUUUAGAACACCGAC